GGGAUGAGCGGGUGAUGGGGACGGGGGUUGGUGGUGGAGAGUCUGGUUGCGGGGUGACGCGGACCAGGACGAGGUACUCAGGGUGGGAGGCGCCCUGGUCCGCACUAGCCCACUCCAAGCCCCAGUUCCAUACGCAUUCCCUGGCCCUGAGUGCGGUGCGCGGAAUAGCACCCCCAGCGGCAUCCCAGCUGGAUUUCCCAACGUCAAUGGCACCCUGGAUACCAGCACCAACGUUGGGCCACGACGCUGCCCGCGCAGUCGGUCAGUCCCCUGCCUCAGCUCCAUGCCCAACGCGUGCACCCUCUUCCCGCCGCACGAGGGCGCCCCGGGCCUGCGCCCUCGGUGACCCCAGCUUGGGCGCGCCUGGGAGGCCCGGGUGGGAGGGACCGACUGAGUUCCCAGUCCCGCACCUCGGGGCCCCGCCGCUUCCGCCAGUCCCUGGGGCGUCCCAGGGAAGCAGGACGCCUUGCCUUGGGCUCUGAGCAGCGGUAAGUCCCUCUUCUCAUCCUGCCACUGGCCCGGCUGGCGUGACCACAAUGUGAUUGGCUCCUUUCCCUCCCUGGAGCGAAGGCAGCGUUCUCUAGGAUGGUGCCACCUCGGUCCCCGAGUGCUCUAAAGGGUGGGAUGACAACAUCAGAGUGGCUGACAACCGGGGAGACCCGGCCUUCCCCUUUAUCAGGCCCGGAUCACGAGGAGGGCGUGGGCUGAGAAUGACUUCAUCCUGUCCAUGUAGAUGGGGAAACUGAGGCCUCUACCCAACCCUACCCUGCCCCUAUCUCUGCAGACCCGCUGGGCACCGCAGCCCACACCCCUGGCAGAUGAAACCAGGACGCACAUGCUGGAAGGGGCCAGGGCCUGGGAGACUCCUGGACACUGCGCACACUAGGACACGGAGGCCCGAGGAACGGAAUGGGUUUUCCUGUGUAGCCCUGACCUGGAACUCACUCUGUAGCCCAGGCUGGCCUCUGCCUCCCGAGUGCUGGGAUGAAAGAUAUGGACCACCACCGCCUGGCUAUAAAAUUAACUUUUAAAUAAGUAACAACAGAUACUAACCCCCACUGAGUGCCUGACCUGAGCCAAUAACUCCCGCACAAGGCUUCCCGGAAGGGGCGGGGUUGCCGUUACUUUAUUUCUUUUUAGAGACAAGAGGGCACAGAGAGGUUUAGUCGCCAUCGGAGAUCACCCAGCCAGCCAGGGCUGAGAUGGCAAUCCACCCUGGUCCUGCUGGUCACUGCCCCUUGGGACUCCUGUGCUCCCUCAGACCCCGCCUCUUCCGGGACCUUCUGCUCUUGCAGUGGACCCUCCUGAGCUGUCCUUUGGGGGGCACUGCUCAGGGUCCGGGGGAAUGGACGCCCUGGGGGUCUUGGAGCCGAUGUUCCAGCUCCUGCGGCCGGGGCGUCUCGGUGCGCAGCCGCCGUUGCGUCCAACUUCCCGGGGAGGAGCCUUGCUGGGGGGGCAGCCGCGAAUACCGCGUGUGCCAGCAGCCGGACUGCCCCCCAGGGACAAUACCCUUCCGAGACUUACAGUGUGCUCUCUACAAUGGCCACCCUGUCCUGGGCACCCAGAAGACCUAUCAAUGGGUGCCCUUCCAUGGGGCACCCAACCUGUGUGACCUCAACUGCCUGGCUGAGGGCCACGCCUUCUACCACAGCUUCGGCCGCGCGCUGGACGGCACCCCCUGCGCCCCGGGGGCCCAGGGCCUCUGCGUAGCCGGCCGCUGUCUGAGUGCCGGCUGCGACGGGCUGCUGGGCUCCGGCGCCCUCGAGGACCGCUGCGGCCUGUGCGGUGGCGCCAACGACUCGUGCCUAUUCGUGCAGCGCGUGUUCCGCGACGCCGGUGCCUUCGCCGGCUACUGGAACGUGACUCUGAUCCCCGAGGGCGCCAGGCACAUUCGCGUGGCCCAGCACAGCCGUAACCACCUGGCGCUGGUGGCCCGCGACGGCCGCUACGUGCUCAACGGCGACGGGGUGCUCAGUCCGCCUGGUACCUACGAGGCGGCGGGUACCCGCGUGGUCUACACCCGGGGCGCGGGCCCCGAAGAGACUCUGCAGGCGACCGGGCCCACCUCCCAGGAGCUGUUGUUGCAGGUGCUGCUGCGGGAGCCCAACCCAGGCGUGCACUUCGAGUUCUGGCUGCCCCGGGAGCGCUAUGGCCCCUUCCAGGCGCAGGCGCAGGCCCUGGGCUGGCCCCUGCGACAACCUCAGCCUCGGGAGGUGGAGUCUCAGCCCGCAGAGACCCCUGUGGUCCCCGAGGGCAUCGCUGCCCGGGUUGCAUCCCUGGUACCAGACUCCUGUGGGCCAUGCCCUGACAGCCGGGGUCGCGCACACCGGCUUCUGCACUACUGCGGCAGCGACUUUGUGUUCCAGGCCCGCGUGCUGGGCCGCCACCGCCAGGGCCAGGAGACUCGCUAUGAGGUGCGGGUCCUGCUCAUCUACAAACACCGCUCACCGCUGCGCACUCGAGAGUAUGUGUGGGCACCAGGCCACUGUCCCUGCCCAUCACUGGCCCCCCACCGAGAGUACCUGUUGGCCGCCAGGAGACUGGUCAGCCGUGAUGGCACACAGGACCGGCUACUGCUGCCCCACGCUGGUUAUGCUCGGCUCUGGAGUCCUGCAGAGGACAGCCGAGUUCGUCUGGCUGCUCGGCGCUGUUCAGUCUAAACCCCCAGAGGUUGGAGCCUCCCCCGGCUCUUGUUCUGCUGUGUGACUCAGGAAGAUCUCCUGCCAGGAUAUUUUGAGACAGGGUCUCACUGUGUAUGUAACCUUGGCUGGCCUGGAACUUGCUGCAUAGACCAGGCUGACCUUGACGUCACAGAGAUCUGCCCGCCUCUGUCUCUCGAGUGCUGGGACUAAAGACGUGUGCUGUAUCUGAGAACUUUAAGGAACUUCAAGAUCCUGGCUGCCUUUCCACCAAACGACUUUGGUCCAUCCCUUUUUAAACUAUUUAAAUUUUAAUGAAUUCA